CCCCGCGGUACCCGCCGAGCGGCGAGGAGCGCAGGGAUGCACGGGGCGGCCUCGACCCCUCGCCGCAGGGCGAGGCCCGGGGGGCGCGCGGUGGACGCCGAACCCGCCCCGGGGAACGGCACAGAUGUGUGACCCAUCCCCUGGGUGGAGAAACCCAGGAUGGGCAUCCUGGCCACCCCCACGGGAACCGGCAGCAGCACAGGAUGCACGUGCACACGGGUGCAGCCACCCCCGCGGGGCACCCUUCAAGUCCUUCGUGGCGACGGCACUUCUGUGGGGACUGUCCUCGUGUUCCACUGCCCCUCAGGCCACCAGAUGGUUGGGUCCGGCCUCCUCACCUGUGCUUGGAAGGGGAGCAUCGCCGAGUGGUCUUCAGUGAGCCCCGUGUGCAAGUCCGUGCCGCCGUAUGAGACCUUCGGCUUCAAGGUGGCCGUGAUCGCCUCCAUCGUCAGCUGUGCUAUCAUCCUACUCAUGUCCAUGGCCUUCCUCACCUCCUGCCUCAUGAGGUGCAUGAAGAGGAGUGAGCAGCCAUCCGACAGGGCAACCCAGCUGUGGCUCCAGCUGAGAGCCGGGGACUUGGAUACGGUGCAGGCCUCCUACCUCGGCCUCAAGGGCCCGAACAAUGGCGGCGGUGGUGGCAGGGACCCUGGGGUCUGCCCUGGCCAGGCGCACGACAACUACAGCUUCACCACAGACCUGGGUGAGGGCACCAGAGAAAUGGCUGGCAUGGCCCGUGGCGUGGACAAGGACCCCUGGACCACCCGUCCUGCUGGCUCACCCCGUGCCCAGGUGAUGGUGCACACGGCGGACCCGGGGCACACCCUGCCUGCCUCCUGGCCCGCUGCAGGAAUGUCCAGGCAGCAUGCGGCCUACGUCCCGGGGUGACUGAGGCAGAGGCCAGAGCCUGCCCUCCACACUGGGAAGACCAGGCCAACCCCACCACCCAGCCACCUGCAUAUCCACCUGUGCCCAGCUUAAGAGUGGUCAGUGAAAUCACCUUCUGGGGUUAGGGAUCCCUCAGGGUGCUGAGCUGGGGACGCCGGUGGGGUGUCCUGUCCCGGGGACGCCCAGCCAGAACAGUUUUUAUAGAUAGGCUCCCUUGGAACCAGCACGAAAGGUUCUGGAACCAGGUGCAGCCCUGCCUAGCCUGCUCCUUUAAAGAAACUGGAGGACAUUUAAAGCAAAUCUCACUUAUAGCAGAGCAGGAGGCCGGGCAGCCGACCUCUCGGCUCCUGCUGGCUGCCUCAUCUUCCCCGCAGGCCAGGCCGGGGCCUGUGAGCAGGGACCCAGCUGGGGUGCUGCCUCUGUUACCUGCACAGUAGCCACGAGGGGUGAGAGGUGGGAAAUAAACCAUUCUAACACUGGGAAAACAAAGAUAAA